AUGAGAACAACGAUGGAAAAUGAAAGAUCUGGAGAAAACACUGAUGAGCUGCUCUCUGUAGAUGUGGAUGAGGGGGUUGAUGUUUACGGGCUUAUACCUCUGGCAUUGUCCCAUGAUCACUGUGAUGUACUACUGGACGCCAUAGACACACAACUGAGUCAUCUACAGAUCCACAGCCAAAGCCGAAUGCAUGGAGCAAACUCCAAGAGAUAUGAAUUCCCUUUCUUGGGUUAUCUUGAUCGGAGUCAGUCUGUAAGUAAAGACACAGGCUUGGGGAGCACUGUUCCAACCAAUGAUAAAACCCCAUCCAACCUUGACACGAUUCAGUCAGGUAGCAAAGAUGACAAAAUAGAGCAUCAGACAAUGGAGAUGACAAAGUUUGGCGUCGCAGCUACAGAUGUGUGGCGUCCUGAGGAAAGUGGCAGCUUGAGCUCCGUGUCCAGGGUAGAGCAGUGUUGUUGGAGACUGGAGAGGCUUCUUGGGAGAAAUGCUGAGGUGGCAGGGAUGGGAAACGAGGAGGACGACGACGUCACGAUGGACAGUGUCUGCACUGAGGACUUCUCAACACGCUUUGGAGAGGAAAUGUUGGUCCUGCCAGCCUCAGUCACCACAGACCUCACUGAGCCCCAGAGGAGCCCUUACCAUGAAAGAGCCAAGAAUGAUGACGACGUCACGAUGGACAGUGUCUGCACUGAGGACUUCUCAACACGCUUUGGAGAGGAAAUGUUGGUCCUGCCAGCCUCAGUCACCACAGACCUCACUGAGCCCCAGAGGAGCCCUUACCAUGAAAGAGCCAAGAAUGAUCCAGAACAUCCAUGCAGAACACCUUUGAGGCACCUCACAGGAAUCCCCAUGCAGAGUUUUGAUUCAGUCACCAUAGACACUGAUCUGGACACAGUGUGCUCAGAACAAGUUCGACAGCACCUGAAGUCUGGAAAUAGCAACAGGACAACCUUUCAUCUGAGCAGAGGAAAUGGAUGCUGUACAGGACAAACCAGCCCAUUUCAAAACAAUCUUCAAUCCUUCAGCUCUGAUGAUGAGAGAACUGUUGAGGAGACGAGUAGUGAAGGUGCUUUGUCAAAGCUUGACUGCAGAAGAAGGAAACAUUCAUCUGGCAGGAAGGGGAAAAUGAGACGUUUAUACCGAAGCAAAAGGAAUGAUUCCCACAUUAGCACAAAGAGAGAUCGGGAGAAGAGCAGAGUAGAUGGAGAUCAACUCAAUGAGCUGAGCAUGUCACUUAUUGAGCUUCAACGGCAAAAAACAGCCACACUUCAUACUCUGGAGAAGCUGAGAGAGGAAAUGGAUCGAGCUAAGAGAGAGCAUCUCUCUCUACAGCUCAGUGUGAGGGAUAGCAGAACCCAGGCCCAGAACAUCACGUGUGAGCUACAAAGACUGCAGGCCCAGAGGAACUUAUGCUUGGAGGAGGUCAGGGUUCUGCAGGAGCAACAGUGUGUAAGCCGCAGUGUGUCUGUUCUGGAGAGGGAGGAGAUGGACAGACUGCUGGAUAAUGCCAAAGCUGAACUGUUCUCAGAACAGAGGCGUUUCAGACACACACUGGACUCUAUGCAGGAGAGGCUGGAUGAGGUGAAUCAGGAGCUGGAGCAGAGCGAGGAGGACUGCAGGGCUCUCCGACAGAAAUGCACUGAGCUGAAGGAGCAGCUGGCUGAUACGAUCAGAGAAAAAGAACAAAUAAAGGAGUCUUCACAAAAAGAUCUAGAGGCACGAGUGAAGCGUUUUGGCGUGCUGGAGCGAAUAGUUGCCCAGAAGGAGCUGCUUUUGCAGGGGACCGAAGAAACAAAGGAAGCCCUUCUUCAGGAGCUCUGUUCACUGAGAGAGGAGCACAGCUUUAAACUGAGAGAAAUACAGAGCAAGACAGUGCAAGAAAUUGAGCAACUGAUGUUGCAGUUAACCAAAAGCCACAAAGAGGAGCUUCAAAAGGUGCAUCAGCAGGCGGAUGAGUUGAGAUCAGCUGCCCUCAGUGACCAGGCUCAGACUCACAAACAGAGCCUGGAGUCCUUGCACAACUGCAUCCAGAUGAAAGAUGAGGAGAUGAAGAGACUCAAAGAGGCUCUAGAGCAGCAUGAGGAGAAGAUGAAGAGGCAAGCAGAGGAACUCAAAAGAGAAACUCAGGAAAAGAUUAGAAAGGCUGUGAAACGAGAGGAAAGGAAGUGGGAGGAACAGAGAGAUAAGGCUCUUAAAGAGCAGCGUGGGACUCUGGAGCAGCAAAUUGAGGAGGCAGUGAGGAGAGGGAAAAUGGAAGUGGAGAAGGAGAGAAGGAAUGCACUGGCCUUACAGAGUCAAGUGACUGAGCUUCAGAAAGACGAGUUUGAAAAUCCUACAGUGAGUGAAACUCUUCAGACCCUGCAGUCCCUUACAAAGGCCCUACAACAACAUAUUAAUGAGCUAAAAAAUGAGCUCAACUCACAGAGACGAGCUGUACUGCAGCUCAGCCGAGAAAAGGAGCAAGAGCUACAUCUGCAGAAAAAGCAGCUGAUGGAGGAAAAGCAACAAGCACUGGCUGCUCUAAAAGAGAAACUCAUCCAGGAGCACAUUGAGGAAAUGAGCAGCAUAUCUCGAGCACAGCUGCGCAUGAACAAUGGUGAUACAGAUGAACCAUGUGUCCAUCUGCGCAGGCAGCUGCGGGCUAAAGAUGAUGAGCUCAGACAGGUGCAGAACAACAUGGCACAGUGGAAAGACAAAACCACUGCAAGACUUGCACACAAAUUUGAGCUGGAGAGGAGGGUCCCAAAGCCCAGAGCAGAGCAGCAGAAGAGAUUGGAGAGACUGGAGAACGAGAUGAGACAUCUGACUGGGCAAUGCCGAGACUACAACGAACCCCAGUCGGCACCCCCUGCUCUUCAGGGUGACACAGACGUCCAAAACUCUCGAGUCACCCAAGACCUCACCUCAUUUAAACUUCUGCAGCACCUCCAGAGUCGCAUUCUUCAGCUUCGAGCAGAGAGCCAAACCUGCUGCCCCAGCCCGGUGAAGUGGGACAGGGAUCCCACAGACCUGGCUGGGUCUUAUUUGGACACAAUUGCUCCAGCCCAGGACAGCUAUAGGACAGAAGAUCACUUACCAGCAAAGACCAUCUCCAGUUAACAUUUACUUUCAGCACUAGAAUUUGUUCAUAAUUUGUUGAUUUUAUAGGAAAACCAUGUGCAAGUAAAAAUAAUUAUUAAAGGGAUAGUUCACCCAAAAAUUGU